AUGUUAAUUAAAAUAACUUUAUUGACAUUAUUAGCAGCGGUUAACUGUAUGCCAAUGCUUACCGAUGACCAAAUUGAACAGCAAUGGCAACAAUACAAAAGAAACUUUAAAUCAAUUGAAUUUUAUGACACAAAUGAAGAGGCGAUACGCCGUCAGAUAUUUGAGACAAACUAUCGCAUGAUUUUGAAACAUAAUGCCGAAGCGGCCAGUGGUCAACAUAAAUAUCGGUUGGCUCUCAACAAGUUUGCCGACCUGACCGACGAUGAGUAUCGGCGUUAUUUGAAUAUGAAAGCAAUACCAUUGAAGAAAAAUGAAUACCGAAAAUCAGUCGAAAGUAAAGUUAAUGUUAAGGAUUUGCCCGAAUCGGUGAACUGGAGUGAAAAAGGUGUCGUAACGGCUGUUAAAGAUCAGGGACAGUGCGGUUCAUGUUUUGCAUUCAGUAGUAUCGACUCUAUUGAAAGCCAACAUGCUAUCAAAACUGGACGACUGGUGCGAUUGUCGCCGCAAAACAUUAUUGAUUGCAUACCUCCCAUCUCGGAUGAGAUGGAUAGUUGCGAAAGCGGUGGUUUCAUGCAUUUGGUUAUGGAGUUUGUGAUGAAAGAGGGCGGUGUCGACACCGAGUCUUCCUAUCCAUACUAUGCACGGGUCGGUCGUUGCAAUUAUAGACAGAAAUAUUCUGGCGCUUCAAUCACUGGUUAUGUCAACGUCACAGAAGGCGACGAAUCGGCCCUUCAGGAAGCAGUUGCAACAGUCGGUCCGGUGACCAUCGGUAUCGAUGCCUCGGCGUCGGGAUUCAGGUUUUAUUUGGACGGUGUAUUUGUUGACGACUCCGGUGAGUGCGGUAGUGAAUUGAAUCACGGAGUGGUUACUGUCGGCUACGGCAAUGAAGACGGACAGGACUAUUGGCUGAUUAAAAACUCGUGGGGAACGGUCUAUGGAGACGGAGGUUACAUGAAAAUGGCCAGAAAUAAUGAUAACCAAUGCGGUGUCGCCUCUUAUGCUCUCUACCCAACCGGUGUCAACUAA